AAAAGGACCUGAAUAAAGAAAUGAGAAAACAAGUCGGCCGGGCCCGAGAAGGACAAGAAGAGGCUGCGGCACCGGCACCCCUCCGGUCCAACACAACCUGAGAACCGCAGCAGUCCCGGGGCCCCCAACCGCCGUCAUUGACCACAUAACGAGCUGAGCUGCCCAGAUCCCCGGCCCGUGUGCACUGUCAUCCUCACAGCUGAUCAGCCGAUUGAAAGUCCAUAAAGAGAAGAAAUAAAAAUGGCACCUACACUGGCUACAGCGCAUCGGCGCCGAUGGUGGAUGGCAGUUACUGCAGUGGUUGAAAACCUUUUCUUCUCUGCAGUACUUUUGGGCUGGGGCUCCCUGCUCAUUAUGCUUAAAUCUGAAGGAUUCUACUCUUACCUGUGCCAUUAUCCAGAAAAUGUGACAUUUAACUCCACAAACAGCAGCGCUCAUGGAAAUGACACAGAAGAAGAACAAGAACAACUCAUAGAGCUCAGGGGCUGGCUGGUGUGUAAAGAACAAGAUGAAAUGUUAAAUCUGGCUUUUACGGUGGGAUCUUUCUUGCUUAGUGCAAUCUCGCUUCCAUUGGGAAUCAUCAUGGACAAGUAUGGUCCACGCAAGCUGAGGCUAAGUGGAAGUGCCAGUUUUGGUGUUUCUUGCCUGCUUAUUGCAUAUGGAUCAAGUAAUCCCAACUCGCUGUCUGUGCUGAUUUUCGUAGCCUUAUGUCUGAAUGGCUUUGGUGGAAUGUGUAUGACCUUUACAUCUCUUACACUGCCCAACAUGUUUGGUGACCUACGAUCAACUUUUAUUGCACUAAUGAUUGGGUCCUAUGCUUCCUCCGCUGUCACCUUCCCCUUUAUCAAGGUUAUCUAUGAUUUAAAUGUGAGUUUUAUCACUAUUCUUAUUGUCUGGGCUGCCUGUGCUGUGCUGGUCUUUUUCAACUGCUUCUUUAACUGGCCUCUGGAGCCUUUUCCUGGACCAGAAGACAUGGAUUAUACUGUGAAGAUAAAGUUCAGCUGGCUGGGCUUUGACCACAAGAUUACAGGAAAGCAGUUUUACAAGCAAGUUACCACUGUGGGGAGACGACUAAGUGUAGGAGGCUCCAUGAAAAACCCCAAAGAGCUGUCGGCACUGCAGGAGGGCAAUAAGCUGUGUCUAUCCACUGUGGAUCUGGAGGUGAAAUGCCAAGCAGACAAUGCAGCAACUCCAUCCUUCAUGAAGAGUGUGUUCAGUCCUAUCUUGCUCCUUAGCCUUAUUACCAUGUGUGUUACCCAGCUCCGCCUCAUUUUUUACAUGGGAGCCAUGAACAACAUUCUGGAAUUCCUGGUGGAUGGAAACUUGGAGUCUGUGAUGCACACGGUCAGUCUGUAUACAUCUAUCUUUGGAGUUCUACAGCUGCUCUGCCUGAUGACAGCCCCUGUGAUUGGAUAUAUCAUGGAUUGGAAGCUCAAGGAAUGUGACGAUGGAAACGAUGAUGCAGAUGAGAAGGAUGCUAAUCCGGAUGGAAAGAAAAAGAAAACGCGUGAUCGCCAAAUUCAGAAAAUCACAAAUGCCACCAGGGCCUUUGCAUUUACCAACGUGCUGCUAGUGGGUUUUGGAAUCACAUGUCUUAUUCCAAACCUGCCUUUACAGAUCCUGUCUUUUAUAUUGCACACAAUAGUGAGAGGAUUCAUCCAUUCUGCUGUGGGGGGACUAUAUGCUGCUGUAUACCCAUCCUCACAUUUCGGUAGUUUGACUGGCUUGCAAUCUCUCAUUAGCGCUCUGUUUGCACUCCUUCAACAACCUCUGUUCUUGGCUAUGAUGGGACCCUUGAAUGGCGAUCCACUCUGGGUCAAUGUCGGAUUGUUGGCAACGAGCAUGUUUGGGUUCUGCCUGCCACUCUACCUCAUCUUCUUUAAGCGGAGCCUGAUACGGCAAAGGAAGCAAAAACUUGAAGACUCCAAACUGUACCAGAAAAUAAAUGGCACUCCUGAUCAUGAAGCGUUUGUGUAAGCAAUGCCAGAAACAUGGCCUGCCCUGAACCCAUACAAUGUUCCUAUUCCUAAAUCUCUGGGAACAUUUCACUCCAGCAUAACAAGUCACCAUUUUAAAAGAUAUUUCAACCUUCAGCAUGUCAUCAGUAAAACCAGUUUUCUCGUCAAGAAUAAAUGGAAGGAGGCACAGUCUCUGGGCCAGAAAAAUCUAUUCUUACUCAAAAGUCUAUACUUUUCCAAAUCCUGUGGAGUACAAGACAAACGUCUGUCCAUUUUGUUGACUGGAUUUUAAUGAAGGGUCAUAUCUAGUCAGCAGUAACUCUUGGUGACAUGAGACGUGCUGGACUACCUUACCAUAAAGCUGGAGCCUGUAACUUGUUAUGUGGAUUCGUGUUCUUAGGUGCUGAGCCCAGAAGUAGCAGGAAUUGGAUUCUUGUCGUGAUUACUUCUGAUUAGCAUGACCACUUGUUCUGACAAUGACUCUUGCACCAGCGGGGAUGCCAGUUAGUUUCAUCAUUGUUGCCUCUCAGAAAAAGAGAGGUCUUCUUGAGAUUAUUUAACCAGAACUGAAUCUUGCAAUCGCCAAACAAGAGCACACGACCACCUUGACAACAUAUCACCACGGCUUUUCCUAAGAAGUUUUACCCCAAGGAGAAGCAUCCAGUUCGAUGCUAACAGCAUAGGAGGAUGUGUGCUCAUUUAUUGAACUCUUUCUGCACUAAUGAACCUUGCUGCUUUCCACAUUUAGUAAUAGUAGAGAAAGGCAAAUAUAUGCGUUUAAAGGGAUUACACAUGCAUCCUCUAUAUUAAUAUGGGUGAUGAGAAUCAACCACUCUUGUGAUGAAUAUAUGUUGUGCCAUACUAUCCUUAGAUCUGGUUGAUUCUUACAUUUAUACGCCAGGAAUUGGCCAUCUGUGGCACUGAAAAGGAUGCUGCACUUCAUCUCGCAUGAUGUUCUGCCUCUUAGGCCCCAUACACACUAUUAGAUCUUUUGCAGAUUUUUGACUUCAGAUUUACCAAA